AAGCGUGACAAGCUGCCAGGAACCGUCUGCGUCGCGAUGAUCACAUUCGCGUUCCUGGAUGCGGAGAACCUGGCAAUGCCGAAGCUUUAGUCUACAGGGCCAAGUGUGGGUUCCAUUCUUUGCACUGCAGUAGAGACGAGCUGGGAGGUGGGGUCCAGAAUAGCGCUUUAUCUGCACAGUCUAUAUCAUGAAGAUGGUUUCCCUGUGAUCUGAUCCUGUCGUCGUUGUCCUUGCCUCUUGCGUCCAACCUGCCUCUUCCCUCACCCAGCUUGCGACAGAUCCCACAAUCAUGGAAGAGAACAAGGUCCGAGGCCGAGCGCCCGUGGUGCGGCACGUCUCGUCCUUCGACGACGAGAAGGACGCCAGCGCGAUGAGCCGGAUGAACACGCACGAGUCCCACGGCCCCGCGGUGGAGCGUUUCGACACCGGCAUGUCACAGAUGGAACUGAUCGAUCAGGAAUCUCUGGGACGAGUGAAGAGCCACGAGAAGCUGGUGACGCCCGCAGCAACGCUCGACCCCCGCGAUCCGCUGAAUCUGAGCAAAAAGCGCAAGAUCAUCGCCGUGGUAUUCCUGUGCUUUUUCGGCGCCAUGGCGGCGGCGGCGGAGUUGAUUCUGGGCGCCAUGUUGCCCGUUUUCGUCAUUGAGUAUGCCGGUCUGGAUUCGAGGAACAUCGAGGCGUUCACGAGGGUACCGCUGCCGGAGGGAACGAACCCCCUGUCGUUGUUGUCAUACCUGCCGGGCCCGCCGAUCUGGAAGACCUACCUGCUCGGUUCCCUGCCGGUGCUGAUGAUCGGACUGGCCAACCUCGCCAUGAUCCCGCUCGCGACUGCGGUCGGCAGACGGCCCGUGAUCAUCGGCUGCGGCGUCUUGGCCGUUGCAGGAUGCGUUUGGUCUGGCAAUUCGCAGUCCCUCGAUUCCCAUCUUGCGGCGCGUUGUCUGCAGGCCGUCGGCGCGGGGACGGUGGAGAGCUUGAUCCCGUUUGUGAUCGCCGACCUCACGUUCUCGCACGAGCGCAACACGUGGAUGUCGUUUGUCUUCGCCACGCAAGGUCUCAUCAUCGUGGCUCUCGGCUUCGCCACGCCCUGGGUGAUCAUCAACCUGAGCUGGCGAUGGCUCUACUUCAUCACCGGGAUCGGCGCAUCGGUCUUCAUGGUCGGCGUCUUGGCGUUCUUGCCGGAGACACGAUGGAAGCGCACGGCCUCCGAGAUCCGUAAGUGUCGUGCAUGCCGAAGCGGGAUAUGACUGUGAGAUGCUAAUUCAACGGCAGACGGUGUCCCCCGAGACGAGACCAACCGAACGUACGCGCCGCGGAAUCUGCGCUACGAUCUCCAGAUCUUCAGUGGGCCGGCGGAAUGGCGAGCCGGGUGGAACGUGUUCGUCAGCGCCAUGCACACCCUGUACUACCCACAGAUCCUCUUCAUCACGCUCCUCAACAGCGCGAUGAUCGCGUCG